AUGCAGGGGCUCCAAGCCGCGAAAGAGAAGGCCUCAGGCCUCUUCGCCAACAAACCCCUUCUGUUCAAAAAUGCUCAAUAUGAGACCUUCCACGUGGAACAGAAGGGCUAUGAUCAAAUGUAUGAUGGCGAGGAUCUCGAAACGCCACCAUCACCGGAGAGACCGCCGCCACGACCAAUAGACAAAUAUAUGCGAGCGGAGUGCCCCUGCCUAAGUGCGCGUUACACCGUGGCGCUGCUAGCCUGUUUCGGGUUCAGUAUCAUGUUUGGCAUGCGCUGUAACAUGAGUAUGGCUAAGCUUAAGAUGAUUGAAAAGCAUAACUCCUCGAAAGGUGUUUACGAAAACACCCCGUUUAACUGGACAGUGGAAGUUGAAUCUUCGAUUGAUUCUUCUUACUUUGCGGGCUACAUCAUCACCCAACUACCAGGCGGCUUUCUCGCAGCCAUGUAUCCAGCAAAUUGGAUUUUCGGUGUAGCAAUAGUGGCAUCAUGUUUGUUCAAUAUGGCGAUUCCUGGUGCCAUGUCCGUUGGACCGGCGGCCGUUGUUGUACUUAAAGUAGCUCAGGGGUUUGUUGAGGGUGUUACCUAUCCAUCUUGCCAUGGUAUCUGGAGGAAUUGGGCGCCUCCUCUUGAGCGUUCUCGGCUGGCUACUCUAGCCUUUUGCGGGACAUAUGCUGGUAUUGUCAUCGGCAUGCCUUUAUCUGGUCUGCUAAGCGAUUAUAUAUCCUGGCAAACACCAUUUUACUUCUACGGCGUUUCUGGAGUUAUCUGGUACAUUAUGUGGCUGUGGUUGGUAUUCGAGAAGCCUAGCAAGCAUCCUCAUAUUUCGGGCAAGGAAUUAACCUAUAUCGAGCAAUCUUUAGGCACGGCCUGUCAGGCAGCAAUGCCCGAUUUUUGGAAUACGCCAUGGAAAGCUUUUGCUACAUCCCCACCGGUGUACGCCAUUAUAGUUGCGAACUUCUGCAGGACGUGGAAUUUUUGUCUGUUGGUCAUCUUUCAGUCCGCUUAUUUUAAAACGAGAUUUAAUAUGCCAAUAACCGAGUCGGGUUUCGUGGGCGCCAUACCUCAUCUCAUUAUGACAUCGCUGGUUCCUAUCGGGGGCAUGAUGGCUGAUUAUUUACGAAAAAAUAAUAUUAUGACGACAACCACUGUCCGCAAACUGUUUAACUGCGGUGGAUUUGGUCUUGAAGCUUUCUUCUUUGUUUUGGUAGCUUAUGCUGAUAAUAAAUACGUGGCCACCAUAGAGCUGACUCUUGGCGUUGCGUGCAGUGGAUUUGCUAUAUCAGGAUAUAACGUCAACCAUUUGGACAUCGCACCUAGAUAUGCAUCUAUCUUGAUGGGUCUGUCUAACGGUAUUGGUACCAUUGCUGGUUGUAUUGUACCAAUCGUCAUUAACAACAUUACCAAAGACAAGGAGAAUCUCGCAGAAGCAAUAACGGAAUGGCGUGCUGUCUUUCUUAUGGGAGCGACGGUCCACUUUAUUGGUAUAACAUUUUACGCGAUAUUUGCAUCUGGCGAGCUGCAACCAUGGGCAGAGCCCACGCAACAGUAUGAAAGUCCCAUGAAACCUUUGGACCAUGAGACUACAUUCACGGAGCAGCCAUCAGCACCUCUGAAGGGCACAGAAGCUCCUGGCUAUGGUGCUAUUGCUGCACCGCCUCCGCGUCCCCCAGCGCCUCAACAACACGUCCCCAACAAUCCUUUCGUCUCUGGAGCUUUCUACCAAGCCGAACCUGUUCAACCACCAGCCCAUGACUACCAACAGCCAAGUGAAGACGGCACUUAUUAA